AUGGUGCGAAAACGAAGAAAUCAACAAAAUAAAAAAAAUCGAACAGAUGAUUCUAGUGUUACUGACGAUACAGUUAGUGACUUUGGUACCAGUAGUACCGCUAGCUCAAUAAAACGAAAAUCUACAGGAGAUUCUUUGAAUUCUGAACCAAGACAUAAACAUAGUAAUUCACCUGAAGAGGUGGAACAGUUGGUGAAUGAAACAUUCUUUUUAAAACAUGAAGAUAAAAGACCUUUCGUUAGCAAAAAACGUUUCGUUUUCGCUGCUGGUAUCUUCAUUGGUCUUAUCAUUGCUUAUGCUGUAAUGUCACCACAAAAUCCCCACUUUAAGAUUUUUUCCGAUUAUCUAUCAGAAUCUUUCAUUGACUUGGAUUUUAGUAGCAUCUUACCAGCUCAUAUUUUAGUAGAAGAAUUAUUUGGAAAUAUAACUUUAUUUUUGAGACCAAAUAUUUCACUUUUAGAAGAUACAGAAUUUUUGCCUGGGUUAAAUUUAGCUGAAAAAGGAGUAAAGGCCCAAUUUCCAGUAGUUUUAAUUCCCGGAAUUGUUUCAACUGGCUUAGAAAGUUGGAGCACAUCUAAUUGUUCUCGACCAUAUUUUAGAAGGCGAAUGUGGGGAACGACAACAAUGUUUCGUGCUGUAUUGUUGGAUAAAGAAUGUUGGAGAAAGCAUAUGAGACUUGAUCCAGAUACUGGAUUGGAUCCUCCAAAUUUUAAAUUACGAGCUGCUCAAGGACUGGAUGCUGCAGACUAUUUAUUUCCUGGAUAUUGGGUGUGGGGUAAAAUGAUACAAAAUUUUGCCGCAAUUGGAUAUGAUUCUAAUAAUAUGCAUCUUGCGGCCUAUGAUUGGAGACUUUCAUUUUCAAAUUUGGAGGUUAGAGAUAAAUAUUUUUCAAAACUUAAAUCGAAUAUAGAAUUAUCAAAGAGAACAGAAAAGAAAAAGACGGUCAUUGUUAGCCAUUCAAUGGGUUCUUUGGUGGCAUUGUAUUUUUUUAAAUGGGUAGAAUCUCCUUUGGGAGGUAACGGAGGAUCAAGUUGGGUGAAUGAUCAUGUUGAAUCUUUUGUAAAUAUUGGUGGUCCUUUAUUGGGAUUACCAAAAGCUUUAUCAGCACUUCUUUCUGGUGAAAUGCGUGAUACUGUAGAAUUGGGAGCAUUUGGAGUUUAUGUUUUAGAAAGAUUCUUUUCGAAACUUGAAAGGGCUGAACUUUUUCGUACUUGGGGUGGUCUCUCUUCAAUGUUGCCAAAAGGUGGUGAUGCUAUAUGGGGAAAUGUGACCAAUGCUCCCGAUGAUCGAGAUGGAUUAAUAGAAUCCUAUGGUCCUAUUUUGAAUUUGCGUUCAAUAAAAGACAAUAAUAGUAAUGUCGUUAAUGAAAUCAAUAUUAGUGAAGAUAACGAAUCAUUUAGGAGUAGUAAACACACUUGUGUAUCAGGAGUAGAAUUCUUGAAACAAAAUUCAGAUGAAAUGUUUAAUAAGAUGUUGAAGAAGAGUUAUAGUUUCGGAGUUGUUAAAUCUCAAGAAGAAUUUCAAGAUUCUAUAGAUCAAACAAAAUGGACUAAUCCACUCGAAUCACAAUUACCUAAUGCACCUGAUAUGAAAAUAUUUUGUCUUUAUGGUUAUGGAAAAGAUACAGAAAGAAAAUAUUUUUAUAAUUUUGAUCCACCCGCUGGUGAAAGAAUUCGAAUAAGAGAUUUGUUAAAACAUAUAUUUAUCGAUAAUACGAUGAAUUCCGAUAAAGAUCCAUACUUGAAGAGUGGUGUGCAUAAUGGAGAAGGAGAUGGUACAGUUCCUUUGUUAUCUUUAGGAUUUAUGUGUUCUAAAGGAUGGAAUAAUCCACUAUAUAAUCCUGCUAAAAUCAAAGUAAUCACUCGAGAAUUUGAACACGAAACUGGAGCAGCACUCGAUCUUCGAGGUGGAGCUAAAACAGCUGACCAUGUCGAUAUAUUAGGAAACUACGCUCUCACGGAAGAUGUUCUGUUGAUUGCUUCUGGAAAUGGGGAUAAACUUGAUGACAAGAUUACCUCAAAUAUUCUUAGUUAUGUUUCAAAAAUCGACAUUUGA